AUGUAGCUAAAAUCUCGGAAUGAUAUAAAAUCUUUGGCUUACACCUAGAAUAAGUCUCCUUUAAAAGUUGCUCUUAAAGGUAGCUUAAAUAGCAAUAACGAGACACCAGAAAUCAGAAGAAGUUACAACUAAACCUUAAGCAAAGUUCUGAAUGAAACUCCAAAAGACUAUAAAUCCUUCCUUGAUAAUGAUAAAAACAAGUAAAAUAAGCUCAUCACCUUCAAAAAAGGAUACUUUUCUAGUCUUCUUGGCAAAUAGAGAAAAUAGACAAUAGUUGAUGAUAUGUUUCAGAAGUUUAAACAACCUUCACAAAAGGGUAAAAAAGAAGAAAGCAGCUCAACAAAAACCAGAUUUUUAAAUGCUGAUUAAAUAGAUAAAACAAGGAACAACUCAAAAAUGUCGAAUCAAUAUGCCAUGUUGUAAUAAUCUAAUCCAGCAAACCUUAAGAAUAGAAUAGCAGAUAUAAUUGUCUCGACUAAGCUAUCUUAGAAAAUGGAGAUGAAGAGAUAUUCACCACUCUAUAAAAGAUCAGUAACGCCGGAUAGAAAUUCUUACAAAUUAGUUGAUUAAUCUACUUCAGUUAAUAAGUCGUCAAAUGAAAUAACCAAAUCCCAAAUUCUUCCAGUAUAGAAUAGCAGUUUAAUUCAGAAAAAGCGCAAUUUAUCAACAAACAGUGCGGCAUCUGGUGGUAAAACAGUAAAAAGAACUUGCUUGAUUAAUAACAAUGAUGAUGAUGAUAAUUCUAGUGAUAUUAAUUAAAUUAGAUCACGAAAGCCUAUUUAUGAUCCUGAUAGAUAUAAAGCGGAGGUUUAGGAUAGAAACUAGAGAUUUGACAGAUUAAAUGAAUAAAAGAGGCAAAUAGAGAUGGAUCAAAAGAUGAAAGAAGAAUUGGAGUAUGGACUUAAUAAGACUAGUCAAACUAUUAAAUUGAUAGACCUUGAGCAGUUUAAUGCAAAGUAUGAUGCUUAGAUUUAAAAAUGGAAGUAGAUAAAGGAUCUAAUAGCUAAUGAGUCAGCUACUUAUUCAUUUAAGCCUGAAAUAAAUAAGAUAUCUUAGGAGUUAACUCAUGAUUUAAUGCCUAUUGAUAAAAGAUUUGGAUUAGUAAACCAGCAAAAGUAGCAGAAAAUAUAGAAACUUGAGGAGGAACUAAAAUCUGAGUUUAGACCGUAACUGAAUAAAGUAUCAUAGAAGAUUGCUUCCAAUAGCUCAAAAAGAUGUUUUACUCCUGAUUAUCUUUCUAAAUGCUAAAGUAUUACCUAGUCAGUGGUAUCAUUAUAAAAAAAUGGAAAUAUAAAAGCCAACAAAUUAAUGACUGCUAGUUUCUUAUCUGAUAAGUAAAAUCCCAUUAAUAGAAUGCUUGCUUCAAAGCCUGAUCUAUAUAGAAAUGAUUCAUCAGACUAGAAACUCUAAGCAAAAAUAACAUAAUCAUAAGUUGAUAACAAUGGGGCAAACUUUAGCAAAAAUAGCUAUAUAAUUGCUAGCUAAAAGCAAUCAAACUAUUUCGUUUCUGAAUAAACUUAUAAUUAAAAUUCAGAAUCUAAAAAAUCAUAAUAAGACUAAAUUCAAGUGAAACCGGUAGUCUAAAAAGUUGAAGUAAAAAAGAAAUAAAUGUAAUCUUCGUAUCAAUAGUAACUAAAUAAAAUGAAGACAUAACUUCAACGUCCAGCUCAAAUAUAAUAGAAUUUAAACAAAUACUUUACAAUGAAUGAGAAAAAAGAAAAAUUGAAGAAGCUUAAUGAUUUUAUAAGAAUUGAGAAUUCAAAAUAUAAGAGGAAUAUACCAACCUAGAUUGAGUUUUAGUAAAAUUAUCUCGAUGCAACCACCUAUGUCAGCAAUAUUUUUAGGACUGUGUAAAAUAGAGAGUUGAUAAAGAGCUAGGCCAUAGAAAUUGACUAAAAUCUCAAUGAUGCUAGGGAAUUCGUUAAAGAUUUAAUAAAAAAUGCUAUCAUAGAAAGAGAUUUCAUUCAAUAGAGUAAAAAUCAAUAGAAAGUUCAAAAUGAACACUCUAAAUCUUUUAAAGAGCUUUAAUAAUUUAUUGAUGAUGAAUCUAAGGUGCUCAUAUAAAACAGUUCAAAGAAAGUAUUAAAUAAUUAAGAGAGUUUUUCUAGGAUUAAAGAAUAAGAUAUGGUGAGAAAGUUAGUAGAGCUAAAUAGCAACAAGAAGGGGAAUGGUCUAAUACAUAUUUCAUCUAGAGACAUAGUGGAAAUUGAGUAAAAUGGUUUGGAUUCAAUGAGUAUACUCAAUCAAGUAGUUAAACAAUACGGCUAUUUAUUUAAAGAGAAGGGAAGUAUUAAUGCUUAAAAUAAAUAAAUAAAUGGGAAAUAAUAGUAGAAUCCGAGAAAUAGUGUCAGUAGAAACAAUAAGAGCAAGAGAUCAUCAGUUAUUUAGGCGUUCAAAUGA